AUGGAAGAGUCGCUGAAAGGGAAUAUCAAACGCUGUUUCCUGAACGUCGUGCACCGACGGUAUAAAUUUCAAGAUUUGCAAAUUAAGUACCCAAAUAUUUCCAACAAAGUUGUUAGGAAACAGACUGCAUUUUCAAAUAAUACGCCUUUUCCUUGUGCCAAUGCUACACUUUAUGGAAUAGGAAAAUCACGAUAUAAACCUAACAGUGUUCACAAACUUCGUCCUGGAGAUAUUAAUGUUAUAGGAGCUUUGGGUGAUUCGCUUAUAGCUGGAAGUGGAGCUUUAGAGGAAUGGGCUCUCGGAACAAUGAUAGAGUAUAGAGGAGUAUCGUGGUGUGCAGGGGGUGAAGGUACAUGGAGAGAGUUUUUAACUCUACCAAAUAUUUUAAAAGAAUUUAAUCCAAAUCUUAAAGGAUACUCAAUUGGAACUGGACAAUUUUUGUCUUAUAACAGUCAUUUAAAUGUCGCUUUUCCGGUAGCUUCAGAUGAAGAUGCAUUGGGACAAGCAAAAAUUUUAGUAAAUAAAAUAAAGCAAAUUAAAUCAAUUGACUUUAAAUCUGAUUGGAAAAUGGUAACUGUAUUUUUUGGUGCUAAUAACAUUUGCUCUGGUCAGUGUUUCAAUAAAGAAGAAGCAUCUAGCAGAAAUCACAUAAGAAAAUUAUCUUUAGCUUUAGAUUAUUUACAAGAAAAUUUACCAAGAACUAUUGUUAAUCUUGUGUCUGUUUUGGAUGUGUCAGUUAGUAUACGAAUAAAGAGAACAAUGAUGUGUCGGUUUCUUCAUACCCUAUUUUGCACAUGCUUCCAUAAUCAAGAUGGUAAAGAAUUAGAUACAAUUAUUAAAUUAACCAAAGAAUAUCAAAAGGCUGAAGAGGAAUUAGUAUUUAGUGGAAGGUAUGAUAAGAAAGAUGAUUUUACAGUUGUGAUUCAACCUUUUAUGAAGUUAUUUAAUGCUCCAAAAGAUAUCAAACAAACAUUUGAUGAAGUUAUUGAUAUUUCCUAUAUAACACACGACUGUUUUCAUUUUUCGCAGAAAGGGCAUGCUUUAGGUAACGUAUUAUAA